UAUAAUCAAUACAGUUUCAAUAUUCUCAUUUGGUUUUGUUCUUCUUCAUGGUAUCAGAGCAGAAUAACAUCUGCAUCUGAAUACUAUAGUCUAUUUCCUUCUGCUACAUUUGAAACUUUCUUCCAUCUUUCAUACUUCCUCAUAUUCUGGUUCGAAACAGUUUCAUCAAAUCAAACAAUGUCAAAGAACAAGACUAAGCUUACCAUUCAAAGCUUCCAUCAAAUGGCAAGCUUAAUCUCGGUUAAGCUCUCAAACACCAACUUUUUACUUUGGAAAUCUCAGGUCUUUUUGUUAAUCCGGAGUGCUCAACUCAUGAAUCACCUUGAAGAGGAGGCACCUGCAAUGAAUAUCACAAGGAAUGGAAAAGAAGAAACAAAUCCAGAUUAUGAGGUCUGGUUAAACAAUGAUGGAUUGCUCACCAGCUGGUGUCUUGAAGAUCAUUACCUUGCCUCUACUAAGGAACAAGAAAUUCACCUUAAGGGGCAGUUAACAAUGAAGCAAGGAGAUGGUGAAUCUCUUGAAAAUUUCAUAAGGAAGUUCAAAGGAACCUGCGAUAGCUUGGCUGCAAUCUGCAAGCCCGUGGAUGACUUGGACAAGGUGUUUCAGCUGUCCAGGGUUGUAGGAACACGCUAUCAACCUUACAAUCUAGCAAUGUUGUCAAAAGGGCCAUAUCCUACUUUCAACCAAUAUAUUACAGGGCUGCAAAAUAAUGAAAGGGAGCUGCAGGCAGCAGAGCAGGAAAACAAGGAUAAAACUUCAGCAUAUGCUCAAGUGUUUGUUGCACAAAGGGGGAGAGGUCAACGUGGUAGAGGAUAUGGUGGCAGAAACUUUAGCUCCAGAGGUAGAGGGUUUGUUCAGGCUAGCAACUACAAUCAUAAUUGGUCCAGCAACAACAGAAAUAGUAUAGCCAACAACAACCCAACUCCACAGCAAACCAUUGCUGGUAUCGAUUUGACCAUGGCUACGGCCUACCAAAGUGAAGAAAUUCCUCAAGCAUUGGCUGCACUUACCAUAAUGGAUGACACAGACAAAAGUACCUAUAUUGAUACUGGUGCCACUGAUCAUAUGACCUCUAAUCCAGCAUCUAUUGGUUCCUUAAAUCUUAAUGAUGUACUUGUUAUUCCUGAACUCAAGAAAAUUCUGUUAUCUGUUAGUAAGUUUACUGAUGAAAAUCCUUGUGUGUUUGAGUUCUCAUCUAAUGGUUUUGUGAUCAAGGACCAAGUAACACAAGCAGUGGUGGCCAAAGGAAUUAGGAAAAGACAACUUUAUGCACUGGAAGAAGAAGAGAAGCAUGCCCUUGCAGCAAUUUCAAAUAAAGCUACAGAUUCCAUUUGGCAUCAAAGAUUAGGACACCCUAAUUCUAAUGUGCUAAAAGCUUUAGUCAUGAAAAAUAAUAUUGUAGUAUCAAAAUGGACUAAGCCCUCUCACUUAUGCUCUAGUUGUCAAAUGGGGAAGAGUUGUAAGCUUCCUUUUAAUAAAAAUAAUGAAAGAGCAGUGGCUUUGUUUCAAAAAGUUCAUUGUGAUUUGUGGGGGCCUUCUCCAGUUCAAUCUACUAACCAGUUUGUUUAUUAUGUGAUUUAUGUGGAUGAUUUCAGCAGGUUUACUUGGUUUUAUCCUCUGCAUAAGAAGUUUGACUUCUUUGAUGUUUUUCAGAAAUUUCAAAAGAUGAUAGCAACACAAUUUGACGAAAACAUCAAAAUUUUUCAAUGCAAUGGUGGUGGUGAGUUCUCAAGUAAGGCUUUCAUUAAUCAUCUAGCAGCUUGUGGCAUUAAAUUACAGGUAUCCUGCCCUGGCACUCCGGAACAGAAUGGGGUUGCAGAAAGAAAACAUCGACAUAUGGUCGAGACUCGAGACAGGUUUGACCAUGUUAAUUCGUGCUAAUAUGCCACCCCAUUACUGGGUUGAUAGUUUCUCUACAGCAGUAUUUCUUAUUAAUAAAAUGCCUACACCUUG